AUGACGCAGGCAGUGCCUCUCCCUCCUUAUCAGUCUGCCAAUACUUCAUCACUUGGUAGAAUUGUUUUCCAUUCAGCAAAUUGUAUCCAAGAAGUGGAUUUAAAGUUUGUCCAAUUGAAGAAAGAAUUUUCAACUGUCCACUUUGAUGCCAAUCCAAAAUGUACUCCAUCCUUUGAGUCCUGGUGGUCGACUUACAUAGGCAAAACUCGGACUGAAUCAGCCGAGGAGAUCCUUCCAAAAAAAAGGAGGAAUGAAGAGUAUAUUUCACAGCAAAAGAAAUUGGAAAGACAGGAAAAAGACGAGACCCCUUCUAGGAAAGCAAAGAGGCAACUGUUCCUGGCUGACUUCCCGGAUUUCUUUGCACAUAACACUCCGGAACCUGCUAUUAACAUCACCAAGCACACUCCUGCAGUCCAUGGCUCAAAUCACUUGGCAGAAUCUGUCAAUAGUCAGAAGUCUGUAACUGAUGUUGUUGUGUUAGAUGAUAUAUCCUCGUCCACAUCACCACUUUCAUCUGAUGAAAAAAGUAGGAGCAAAGCAUCUGUUGGACGAAACUUAAUUGCUGAUCAUUCCAAAAUAAGUGAUGCUGAGGACUUCUUUGCUCGGGUCGCAGCACAGCUCCAAGAUGCUAAAUCCCCGGGAAUUGAUGUCAAGUCACCUGCACUAAGAAUGUCUCGAUGCUCAGCCCAAGUACUUAACAAAACCAAAGCUGAAGUUCGGAAGCUACUUAUGAUGCCUUUGCACGACAUAGUUCUCCCUGAAAACUCUUCAGUUUUAGUGGCUGCCCUUCCUAAAUAUGCUGCAUCACCCAAUCUCUCGGUUGAGAAAGUAUGUGCUUUGGAGGAACUCGAAAAGAAUCUCCCAUCCUUAUUCUCUGAUUUUCAUCAGGCGAAGAGGCAGCAGAAAGUGUAUAGCAGUAAGGUUGCCAAGAAGGUAAUCCUGAUCGAUGAACUUCUACGUGUUCCUUACACUAUAGUUGCGGAAUAAUAAAUGUAGAAAGUAAAAGACACAAAUAUUUUUGUGAAAAACACCUGGCUCAAAAGGUGAAA